GCCCCGAGCUGCUCGCGGUGGGGAUGCACCAGAGGCGCCUACCUGGACUGGAGGCCACUGAGGCGGUGCGACCGGAUGCGGCGCUUCUCCGUCGACGAGGGCGGGGAGGCGGACGGGGAGAAGCGGAGCGACGAGGAGCCGGCGGCAGCGGCGGUGGAAGCCAAGGCGGGGGCCGCGGAGGAGGUAGCCUCGGAGAGGAGCCGGUCGGGGAGCUUCUCUUCUUCGUCAUCCCCUUCGUCCGUGACUCCUGGUGUAUCGAGCGAGCCUUCACUUUUGAGCUUCAGUGUGGAUAGCAUCGAUACAGUUAAGCUAUUGGAGCUCCUAGGCCCAGAAAAGGUUGAUCCAGAUGAUGUCAAGGCUAUCAAGGAGAAGUUUUUUGGCUACACAACAUUUUGGUUGACAAGGGAAGAGCCUUUUGGCGAUCUUGGGGAAGGAGUCCUUUUUGUUGGGAACCUCCGAGGGAAUAAAGAGGAAAUCUUUGGAAAACUUCAACGGCAGCUACGUGAACUUACAGGUGACAAAUACAAUCUUUUCAUGGUGGAGGAGCCCAAUUCAGAAGAGGAUGAUCCACGUGGGGGACCCCGUGUUAGUUUUGGUUUGCUUAGAAGAGAAGUUUCCGAGCCUGGACCUACUACUCUCUGGCAAUACGUUAUUUCCAUGCUACUUUUCCUUCUCACUGUGUUCUCCUGUAUUGAGUUAGGAAUUGCAUCAAAGAUCAGCAGUCUUCCACCAGAUAUUGUUUCAUAUUUCACUGACCCAAAUGCUACUGGACCCCCGCCCGACAUGCAACUUUUACUUCCAUUCGUGGAAUCAGCUCUUCCAGUGGCUUAUGGUGUACUGGCCAUCCAACUGUUUCAUGAAGUUGGACACUUUUUGGCAGCAUAUGCAAAGGAUGUGAAACUGAGCAUUCCUUUCUUCAUUCCGAACUUCACUCUUGGAACUUUUGGUUCAAUUACUCAGUUCAAAUCCAUUCUACCAGAUCGAAAGACCAUGUAUGACAUAUCAAUGGCUGGUCCUUUGGCUGGGGCUGCACUUUCUUUCUCAAUGUUCUCUGUAGGCUUGUGGCUCUCCUCAAACCCUGCUGCGACAAGUGAUUUAGUUCAAGUACCCAGCAAUCUAUUCCAAGGUUCUUUAUUGCUUGGACUUCUUAGCAGAGCAAUACUUGGCUACAGUGCUCUGCAUGCUGCUACAGUUUUGAUCCACCCUCUUGUGAUUGCCGGCUGGUGUGGUUUAACGACUACAGCCUUUAAUAUGCUUCCUGUUGGAUGUCUUGAUGGUGGAAGAGCUUUACAGGGUGCAUUCGGCAAAAGCGCUUUGUUUGGAUUUGGUUUGACAACGUAUUCGUUGCUUGGACUUGGAGUGCUUGGAGGGCCAUUGUCUCUUCCUUGGGGGCUAUAUGUGCUACUAUGUCAGAGAACACCCGAAAAACCAUGCUUGGACGACGUGAGCGAUGUUGGCACCUGGAGGAGGUCGGCCUUGAUAGUUUCGGUGUUUCUCGUCGUACUGAUUCUCAUCCCUGUGUGGGAUGAACUCGCGGAGGACCUAGGCGUAGGGCUUGUGAACACGUUCUGAGACACGCGACGCUUACCAGGUAGAGCUAGGCCACGACACAAGUCGAUUUUGUAUCCGAAUUUAGCGGUGAUAGCGAAAAUUGCUGUAAAGGCCCGCGGAGGUGAAACAUUAGUUUACUCCUCCUUGUGUUAAGUGUAAGCAAAAUUUUGCCGCGGGGACAGAAAUUGAAUUGGUCCAGUGAGGUCAGGACAGAGGCGUCGCCCACAUCUGAGGUGUGACCAUCGGUUGAAAUCAUUGUCCUGGUUGUACAGUAAAAUGUGCUGCGAGGUGGUACAGACUACAGAGGGUUGUUGAUCUGCAAUGAUUAAAUGUUGGGUAUGCAAGUUUAAUGCUGAAGUAAUUUGCCGGGUC